CUGGCUGGCUGAUCUCACACACACAGUCUGGGUGUUCCCUGCUAAAAGACACAAAAAGAAAGCAGCCCCAGGUCUAAUUGGUUGUAAAGUUUGACUGUGACCAGGGAUUGGUUGGCAGGCUUUUACUGGGAGUUUCAGCCCACGGUUAAAGCUUCAUGAAUCAGGAUUUUCUCCAGCAGCUCUGCUGUGGAAGUGUUACAAGUUAGGUAAGAAGUGUUUGCUAUUGAAACCUGCGAGAUGGAAGUCAGUGCUGGAAUUCAGAAGGUGAGUGAACCUGGGACAUGUUUGGGGCCGUUACUAAAGGUUUGUAAUUUCUACACAAUGGGGGAAAAAAGACAUUUGGUGUUAAUCUGAUGCUGGGAUUAUAUUUAUAUAUUCAAUGCAAACAUUUAGAACCCAAGACAGACUUUUAAGCAGAAUUCUUUUUAUUUUUGCACAAACAGAAUAACUAACUGAAAGAUAGUUAUGGGUUGUACUUUUUCUAUUUUUACAUAUAUAGUGUAUAUCUCACUGUCCUGGCAUAGUCAGGGCACACCAUGCAAAUUAAUUUAACCCCUGAACCGCUGCACACAAUGCAUACGACACUGUGAAGGGAAUGUCCAAGUGAGCAUGCUCUUAUAUGUUAUGUCUAGUGCACAUGAGCACAUCUGGAGCAUUAUAGGGUAACAAUGUCACCCCAGGCACAUACGUCAAUAGGGUUAGGGAGCAAAGAACUACCACUUAGAAGUGUGAUUCCUAAAUAUUUGCAAACAGGUUUGUUCACAAACAUGGGAAUUAACCAGGAAUUUGCAAAAUUUCAACAAAGAUAGCCAUAUUGAUGGGAGAAAAAAAUUAAUUUCCACUAAUUCCGCUGUUUAGUAAUUUUGCUUUAUAAUGUUCAGUUCCCCUAGUAAAUUCUCCACAAUUACCAUUUAGUAAAUAACCCUGGAACAGUUUUACCAGAUGGGAAAUUAAUUUUUCUUCUCCAUCUUUCAUCAACCAAUAUAAGCACUUAAUACAGUGAUAAACGGAAGGACCCCUAAAACAAACACUUUCUCCUUCCAAUACUCCCUUAUUCUAAAACCUACAUUUGCACCGGUCCAGAGUACAAUGUCUGAGAUACAGUCCUAUCCCCGGAAAUACUUCUAUGCAAUGAACUAGUUUUCUGAUCUGCUCUGUGCUAUGUCCCACAGCUGGUACCUGAGAUAUGUUCAACAGGUAGCCCUUCAGCUUUUGAAUAACUAUAACCCAUAUGAUGCUUUGAAAGGCAUUAGGCUUGAAACGCCGUAUGGGAGUUGUGCUUCUAAAAAUGCAGAGUAGGCUGCCUCAGUCACUCCUGCUCUAGGGAAGGUUUUCCUGAUUUUGAUAGUUUAUUAGUGUACAAUGGUGACAAAUUAGAUGUUAACACCCUGCAUGCUAAAGGGUUUAGCAUCUUUAUCGAAAACUCUGGAUUUCAGGGUAGAGGGCACAUUAUCUAGAAGGCACAGCUAGGACAGAAGACACAGCUAGAAGCUUAUCCUUAACCACUUCAGAGAUAGGCUCAGGCAAAUGGCAAGUUAUUUUGAUAGUAAAGAUAGGUUAUCAGUCCUUAAGGGGUUACUUGUCUAGAUCUAAACUCUGAAUUGCAGAGAAUUGACAAGUAAAUUGCAAAUACCAGGGCAAAAUACAUCAGAUGUAGGAAUUUUUCAUUUCAGCUAUUUUUCGCAAAUAGUUUGCCAUUUUUUGUCAAUUCUCCUUAAUUCACAGUUUAGUAAAUAAUGCCAUUGCAUGAUGAAAGCCAAGCCUCUUACAAAUCACAUGUGAAAUCUCUGCUUAAACGGAGAUGACUCAUUAACCGAUAUCUUUACAUUCUAUGGCGUGAGAUUCUCUGUGAGGAAUGGUAUUCGAAACAUUUGAUCAAAGUUGCCAAGCAGCUACAGAGAAUCCUAGUGAAAUGCUCUUUAACCCCUUAAGGACACAUGACAUGUGUGACAUGUCAUGAUUCCCUUUUAUUGGUCCUUAAGGGAUUAAAGUUCAAUGUCAAAAUCCGCUCUUCCUGUAAAAAUUCCCAGGUACAGCAACUAAUGCAACAGCUACUACACUGUCACACAAAGGGAAAACAUUUACCAUCAAUAAAGGCCCUGCUAGUAUAAAUAACUGCUAACACCUGCUUCUAGGAGACACAGAAAAUGUUUUAUCAGAAAAUCCUGCUAAGUACAAGGAAGGCGGCUUUGUGUUCAUUACCUCUGGGUUUACAUUCCUGUGGUAAAUAUGCAGAAGAACUAGAUCCGUGCAUGAACUGGGCGGAUAUGUGGGAUUAGAGUUAGGAACAGGUAACCACACCUGUCUGUUAGUUUAUCUCCCACAGCUAUUCCGCUACACUGCAACCACACCAGGGUGCACCCAGCCCGAUUUCAAAGAUGUAUAGUGGGGUACUGGAAGAACAACAGGACUGGUCUAGCUGAUGCGGCAGAAAUAGCAGGAUCAGCUGCAACUGUACUCUCUGCAAUUUCACUUGUACUAUAAUGUAAAAAACUGACUUCCAUCACUCAUAGGACAUGUGUAUCUUGGUACAAUACUCCGAAACUUGGUGCUGUAUAAAAUGUGACAUAUUUUGACAUUUACAAUAUCUUGUCGUACCCUGUAUCACAGUUUUAGAGUCAUAGGGUGAUGCCAUGCAGUGAAAUAAUGAUGUUAUCUCCUUUAAUAUCUGUGACUGUGUAGGUCAGGGGUAGGCAAGCUGUGUUACUGUGGAUUCCAUCUCCGCUAAUGCUUUGCCAGUAAUAUAGCUGUAAGAGCAUUAUGGGAGAUAUAGUCCACAACAACUGGAGUGUUGAAGGUUGCCUACCCCAAGUCUACUUCACCACGGCAAACUGUUCUUUAAGGGGCCUAUUCCAAUUUGGAAUAACCUCAUUAAUUAUUAACUACAGGGAGUCAUAAAGUCAGCAAAGGUAAAUAAACAAAGUGUUCCAUGGUACUGUAUACAGCAUUCAGAGACUAAACUGCGAUGUCCACAAAUGUGAAUAUUUGUUCCAUUAGGGAUUUAAAUAUGAGGCAGAUCAUGUUUUACAAUAUACUGCAAUUCUACAGUUUGACGGUAUUUAGCAUAUAUUAUAUAAUAUCGUUUUGUAGUAUGUAAACAAAACUAUUGUUUAAGAAACUAUAAAGUUAUUAGAUGUGGGAAUGUUCCCUGGGUGAUAUGUAUAUAUUUACAAAAUAAACAACAGAACAUUUUCUAAGGAUAUGUGUUCUUUUUUCUUUCUUUUGUUUUGAUCACUUAUGAAAUGUUAGUGACUUCAUUGGGGAAUUCCACAGCAGCUGAAGAUGUACAUUUUCAGGCAUGUUUCUCAGUUAUGCAUCAAUCUCAGCAAUGCAGCAAAACUAAAAAGGGGGAUAAUGUGAUUCAUUUCCAUAGAAAGUUACGUCUUCAUUCAGGAAAAGGGCAGACCUGAAAUUCUGAGCAGUUCGACCCACCCUCCCGGAUUAUUGUCAUGCCAUUGAUUCCAGAUGUAGACCCACAAUCUAAAUUCUAAUUUCCUUCCUCGUUAACCCCUUAGGGAUCAAUAAUGGAACAAUCCCUUUAUGAAACUGCAAUGCCCCGCUCGUAGCAAGAUAGCAUGUAUGACAACAGCUUCUAACACAUACAAGACUAUUUACUAAAGCGAAAAUUGUCUGGAAUUCAAAGGGAAUUUAAAAUAUAUCCAAAGUACCCAAACUUGCAGCGAUAAAUAUCUAUUAAAGCAUUACAUAUCUUCAGAUUUUAAGGGGUUAAGAGGACUACUCUAGCUCUCAGAUUUACAGUACUGAAGCCAUGUUUACUAAGAAAUGAUAUGAGACUAUAUAUUUAUAUAUCGUGUAUAUGUAUGUAUAAAACAUAGCCUCACAUUAAAAACUAUUGAUACCCGCAUGCAUAUAUACAUAUCCACACGUAUACACGCAAUUCAGGCACUUUCUUUUGUUGAGCUGUAAAAAUAUCUACCUCUCUGUUACAUGACUCAACCAUAGGUUUUACUUUUAACCCUUUCAGUACCGGAGACAUGAGUAAACACUAGCCUCCCGCAAAAGCAGUGCAUUGCAGAUCAACACACAGAAGGGGCCAGCAAAGGGUUAAAGUACGUUUAGGUUGGACUUGAGAUAUGUGUAAAGCUAUGAUAAACAUAAGAUAAGAUCAAAUAGACUCUGGUAUUUUUAUCUGCUGUUAUUUUCCAUGCUUCUCUUAACUUUAAUUCCAUGGGUUUGUGUUUUUGAUUGUUUUUUGCACAGAAAUUUUUUUUUUUUUUAUCAGUAAUGCCAGUGCUUUACAACAGGGGAGCUUCCCACACAUGCCUAUCUUAUAGCACAAGAUGUUAUGUUGGGGAAAAAUAAAAUAAAAUAUAUAUAUAGAGAGAGAGAGAGAGAGAAAUAUAUAUAUAUAGGUAUAUACACACCAAAAAAGGUAUGGUGGGGAAAAAUUGUGAUUGAAACCCCUUUCACCUGAAGUCUGUGGAUAGUUAAUACAAUGUUAAACAAAAAUCUGCACACCAGUCAAACCAUAAGACUUGCUUUUCCCACAGAAAUCACAAAUCUGCAGUGAUGUUAAUGCCGCAAAGGAUUCUGGGUGGGCAUAUACAAAUUAGUUUAACAAAGAAUCAAAUUUUUGCCUCAAACUGUAAACAACCCUGUAUGUAAAUUGAGAGCCAUUGCAACAGUAUGGCUGCUAUCAGUUUAUUAAGCUGUUCCAAUCAGUGAACAUGAUACUGAUGGAUAAAAUACCUGUACCAUAAAUUCCUGCUGGAUAGGGGUUCAUGGUACAUGAUCAGACAAAUCUCUGAUUGGUGGAUCCAUUUCCUGGUGAGGGAGGAGUCUGCAAUUUGUAGUUGCAGACCGCCAAUUUCAGCUCUGCAGGUACAGAUGUUUGAGGUAAUACAUUUCAUUUUUUUUAAUUUCAUUUUUUUAUACUUUAUUGAAAUUAUCUAUAAAAACCAGGGGACUCAUUUUUGACAAUAGUUUUCCUUUAACCAUCUACAACACGUACGAGACUAGUGCUGGGACAAUUUAUACCUAUUAGCACCACAAAUGCUGGGUUAAUAAUAACAUUACACCUAAUAAGCUCUCACUAACUUACAUACAUACACACACACAAAGCUCAGCAAUACAUACACAAUUGCAUAUAUUUAGUCUUCAGUAACACACACAAUUAUAUACAAUAUAAAAUGCACGUACUCUCUGUGCUCUCAAAAACAGACAAAACAGUACUCACACAUAAUAUAAGCACACACUAAGCUGGCACAGACUAGUUAUAACAAUAAUUUGGCAGAUGAUGCAAAGUCAAACACUCAGCAGCAGGACUGGACUGUAGAUGAAAAACAGCCCUGGAAAUAAUUCCUUAAAAACAGGUUCUCUGCCUAAUUUUCAAGAGUGCUAGCCUGGGGGGGGGGGGUGAGAAUUGAUAGCAGGUGUCCGUAUGUCAAUUUGUGUAUUGCCCUGUAUGCAAUUUGGUGUGUUUUUAUUGAUACAAACUAAUUCAUAGUCCUGCAUUAUGAUGUGAGUUUUAUGGUUAGUAUUUUGCUGAAACGACCAGGAAUUAUACUUUGUUUAGUCCUAUAACAUUCAAUCCAUUUCACAGCCCCACACACUGUGAGCGUAGGUCAGAGUAUGAAAGAUCAGAAGUGCCACUGUGUCAGAAUUGGGAAGCCUACAUUGUACAAAGUCUGCAUGUUGUGAAAGGCAAACAGCGGAUUCAUUAAAUCUAAAAUUGUUUCGAAUUCACCAGAAAAUUGCAAACUUUAGGUCAAAGCACCUGAGAUGGAAAAUAACUUUGACUUAGAAUCUUUCCAAUUUCUUUUUUUAACAAAAAAAAAAGGGCAAUUCUCUAGUUUACAUUAUUUAUCUGUUUAGUGAAUAAUGCUGAGUAUGUGGAUGCAUUGAAAGAACCUAAACGUCACACUUGAGAAGUCUGACCAACUUUGAUGCAUAUUGCAUGCCAGUGAUGCGCCAGUGACUCACUAGUGAUGCAAGAGUGAUGUCAGUCUGUCACACGUACAGAUUGAAAUAGAAGCUUGACAGGCAGAGAAGUGAAGUAGCAGUUCUCUCACAUGGACAUAAAUGUCGCAAAAUACAGAAUAAAAGAUUAAUAACCCCCAAUUAAAUGAAUAAAUCCUUUAGUAAGGCUGUAUUGCAUUUAGUGAGUAUAGGUUCCAAUGUGCCUUGUAGAACCCCCACUCUUACUUACAUAUGCUUGCUAGUAUAUUGUUCAUGACCAAUCAGGGUUUUCUCGCUACUUUGGAUAGCCCUGGCACCAACAGAAAAGAGCACUAAAUGUGAUAUUAGUGACAUUAGUGCCACACUGCCCUACAGAGGUCAAAGUAUAUUGGAAAGGAGCCAUGCCAAAGGUUGAGAUUUGCUGUAAACAGACUGCAUUAUAUCAGUCUCCAAUAAAUCAUCGCUCUAUGAAGUCAGAGUCUCUUGAUGCAGCUGUCCUUGUUUGUGACACAUAUUUACCUUUGAUCUCUUGAGCUACUGUUUAUUUUUAAAGGGCCUUUGCCACUUCAGAAAGAGAUCAGCGUUAAGCCCUAAGCUGCUGUGUGUUUCAGGGAUGUGAUGACAGAGCCAUCACUCAGAGCAGUCAACACAUCGUCACUCUCUGCUCUGGGACCACCAGUAGUCUCCACAGUUAAAACAAACAAAAAAGUAUAAGUGUCUCAUAGCAACAUAAAAAAUGUCAGCAUUGAUAUCUUAGAUUACCUCUUAUGUGUGAUCUAGUAACAAUUUCUCCUUGGCAUGAUUAAGACACUGUAUACAGUAAGAUUUUCCAAAUAUCAAACUAUAUCAAUGGUGGUGGCAAUGGCUGCCCCAGAGUUUGCAAAGUUACAUGAUAUUAUGUGUUGUCCUUGAUAAUCGUAGGAGAAACAUAAGGCACUCUUAGGUAGAGGUCUAUGGCCCAGUGGUUAGACAGGGGCCUCAGUACCAUGAAUCUGAUUGCCCCCAAUCCACCAUCCCCAGGAGAAAAAUGAAGUGUGUGGUGGGGAGGAGGGGUAAUCAUUACCUUGCCUAAGGGAUCUUAAUCCGUCGCUGUCCAUGAGGACUGAAAUCCUAUUUGAGUAUUAUGAAUUCUUAAACAGUCAGACCACUAGCACCACUAACACAAAUGACUACUGUGCUACAUUCUACUAUAUACGAGUCAAACAGGUUUAAAACUGGUCUUCUCAAUCACUUGGUUUGCUAGGCCAGAUGUUGAUGCCCCAAUUGCGGACUUUGAGCACAUAUAACACACACUGAGCUCUGCUGGCUGUAGGAUUACUGCUGCUGCAUAUCCCAUUAUACACUACCAGUCUCAGAAUGAGUAUGUGUAAUGUGAUUUGUUGUCCAAAAACAGCUGGAGUAGAAAGGAUUAACGUUGUGUUAAAAGCUAGGUUUCUUUAUGAUAAAAAAAACACAGACAUUUGGUCUCAUUCCGGCACUCGGCGAGUCUCAGCAGCAAUUCGUAACUCAACUGGAAAAUGGUUUAGUGAAAAACAUCUUAAAAAUAGUGUUUACAUGAAUCAGAUCCUCUUAAGAAAAACUAAAGAAAACAAGUUCUUUAUAAAUUAUAUAUGUAGCAUUGAGAAAUGCACCAAAGCAGCCAUAGAUAAUCUUGUUAUAAUGACAUUAAGGCCGGAACUGCAAUUGCAAAAUACCAACUUUGGUGCUUUCCAUAUUUCCUUUUCAAUUCCUAAACAAUUUCCUAGUUAAUUUAUGAAUUGUUCUAAUACAAUAAUUAUUAUCUAAGUUUUUUAUAGCCAAACAAACUGAUUUCAACAACCUUAAGUAGUACAGCAGUUUUUUAUAUCAAGUACAUAAAGAUAAACUAGAUAGAGAUUUAUUCUAGAGAGACAGAUAUGUUCAUGAUCCCUCAUUCAAUUUGCAAUGCUAAAUAUAGGGUGUUUUAUUCACAUAUAAAGUAACACGUUUAAUGCAAAAUUUUAAAUAUGGAGCAAUCAUCAGAAAUGUUACUAUUGAUGCUGAACAAAACUCCAUCCUCCUAUGUCCAAUGGAUAUAUAACCUUCCAUAUUCUAGCUGUCAAAUACUGUGUUAACCAAGUUACUCUGAUUAACCACAAUGUGUAUAGUCUAAACAUUGAUAAAUAGCAAGUGACUAUGUACAAGACAAAAUCUGUAUAAUCGUGAUAGAAUUACUACUGUUAGGGGGCUUAAAGUUAUAGGAUGCCUUCCUUCAAGGUACUGUGAACUGCAAAUCCCAUCACAUUCAUCCAGACAUCACUCUUUGUCUGACUGAGGAUCAUGGAUGUUGCAGUAAACAGCAUUUUGAAGGAAGAGACUUUUAAGCCUUAUUCCUGAAUCUAUGAUCACCGACCUGAAGCCUCCUAACACGAAAAGACCCUAACCAUAAAUUUUCCCCUAACCCUUACAUUAGCAUAACAGUCUUAUGAAUGAAGUGCCUUUUCAGAGAUGCUCUAAUGAUGUUCAGCAUGUAAAAUGCUUAGUUUCUAUAGUUACACUGUGAUGCAUAGCCUUAGUGUCAAACCAUCCUGUACGAUGAGAGAAUUUAGGGUUAGUGAGUUCCUAGGGUGACUCUUUGAUGUUAUGAUCCCAUAGUCGGUACAACGUUGCUCUACUAAAUAACAAUAUUCAGCUCAGUAUUUUCAUAACAUAUUGAACAUAUAUGUCUCUAGGGAAAGAGUGACCUAAAAGAACCAAACGACAAACUCUUUUAGAACUUCAAGUCCCAUGAUGCUUUGCCAUUCUUCAUCCCUCUUGCAUGUUAUCCCUCACUUUACAAACAUGAAGCAUUGCUGACAUCUUUUUGCUCUGCCCCUGUACCAGCCAGCAAUAUAUGAUUGUGUACGGCCAUUUAUCACUGGCCCCCACUCCCAGAAUUUUCCACUGUCGAAGAGAUUAGGAGUUUUGUGACAAGAUAGGAACUCACUAAAAAAAUAUGAUCCAGAAUUUUUAUAUACAAAUAAAAGAAGAGUGUAAUUUUGGGGGGGAAUUGGUGAAGAGUCUUGUAAGGACUCCUAGAGUCUGCUAGGGACUAUUUCUGUCUGUUGUGACAGAGGUGACGGGCUCAAGGAAUGCAUGUGACAGAACAAAUCUCAGCUGAACAGUGUGGGCCCCAAGGGAGAUUAAGCUGUUCUGUAUAAGCUUCCAGCGGCCUCCGCUCAAGUGAACUCCCACAGUCCUGGGAUACCUUCCACAAAACACAAUCUGCUCUGACAAUAGCACGUUGGCUCCCCUGGGAGACAGGUGAAGUGGAUUAGCGCAUACCUAACGUGUUAAAUCUUUGUAUAACUUAAUUUUAAAAUAGAUUGGCACUCACGUGGUGACGUUGGUACAGCCGAGGAGAGGAAUAUUUCAGCUGCCCUUAAUUGCAGACACUGCUUGUGUUCAAUUUCAAUUAUUUGUUUUUAUUUUCACCAAGUUACAAAUCAGUCUGAAAGAGCUUAUGAUUUGAAUGGUCCUAUCUCAUAAAAAUGCUAUGAUUAAUUUAAAAAAAAAUUAAAAUAAAGAGCACUACAAGUUGCAAUUGUUUAUACUAUAUAUAGAUAAUGCAUAAAAAUAUGCAAAACAAUAAAUUUAAAAAAUGUAUGAAAAGAUGCUCACAUCUCAGGUUCCUGUUUUUGCUACAAAACAGACCUUGUAUCUUCUUCAGUGAGCUAUGGCCACACCAAAAAUGCACUUCACUAUAUCACUAUGACAGUGCUGAGCAACUGAAAGGCAAGCUAUCGGAGACCAUGUCCAUUCUAGGUGUUGUCUCUUUCCACCAAAGUAAAAAGGUAAUUUAUACUUGGACCUCUUCUUCAAUAACCCCUCACUGACAAGGCAGAGAGCACCUGACUGACUGCCCCUAUGAAUGGGACUAGUCAAUGUAUACACUUUGGAUAUGCAUUCUGAAAUCCUCUUCUAGAUAUAUUUGUCCUGAUUCCGGCUCUCUACCUAAACAAUGUGUCCAUCCGAUAGCACAGAAUAGACUGAAUUUGGGUGCCUUCUUUUCCAGAUGUCUUUGGGACAGCAGACUACGGGAAGAGGUGCUCCAUGUAUGAGGUGCAAGGGGAAUUGUCAAGGAUAUAAGCCUCAUUCCUGGAGGUAAGAUACGUGUUUUGGCAUUAAUGCAGACUUGAACAUUUCAAAACCACAUGCAAACUAAAAAAAGUCACAAAAAGGUUACAUUUGCAUUUGAAUUUAGGCUUACUAUUAUAUCAGCUUAGCUAUUUGGGUCUAAGAUUUAUAAUUUUCUAUAAUUAUUACAGGACCACUAUAGUGCCAGGAAAACAUACUUGUUUUCCUGGCACUAUAGUCCCCUGAGGGUGCCCCCACCCUAAGGGUCCCACUCCCGCCGGGCUCUGGGGAGAGAAAAGGGGUAAAACUUACCUUUUUUCCAGCGCCGGGCAGGGAGCUCUCCUCCUCCGAUCCUCCUUCUUUCCUCCCAUUCGGUUGAAUGCGCACGCGCGGCAAGAGCUGCGCGCGCAUUCAGCCGGUCUCAUAGGAAAGCAUUCAUAAUGCUUUCCUAUGGACGCUUGCGUGUUCUCACCGUGAUUUUCACAGUGAGAAUCACGCAUGCGCCUCUAGCGGCUGUCAAUGAGACAGCCACUAGAGGAUUUGGAGGAUUGAUUAACCCAUUUAUAAACAUAGCAGUUUCUCUGAAACUGCUAUGUUUAUAAAAAAAAUGGGUUCAUUAAGCUGAAGUGGUCUGGGUGCCUAGAGUGGUCCUUUGAUUAAGUGAAUGAGCUCCAAAAUGGAACAGAGGUUUUGAUGAUUUUUUUUGUUUGUUUGUUUGUUUAAAAAGACACUAUCCGCUCCAAAACAACUUUACACAAAAAAUAAGUCCUGCGCUCAAACUUCCACUACUCCUGGGCGGCAGCAACGACCAUAGCACACAUCAGCCCCAAUACAUACAAAACAAGCAAAGAAAAAAAAAGUUACCUGCGCACUAGCCCAAAUUUCUAUGCAUAUUUAAAUAAAUAAAGGUUAUUUAUUAACUCCCUUGCCAUUAGAUGUAGACCCACCUGCCACCCUAAGGGUCCCACUCCCACCGGGCUCUGGGGAGAGAAAAGGGGUAAAACGUACCUUUUUUCCAGCGCCGGGCAGGGAGCUCUCCUCCUCCGAUCCUCCUCCUCUCCUCCCAUUUGGUUGAAUGCGCACGCGCGGCAAGAGCUGCGCGCACAUUCAGCCGGUCUCAUAGGAAAGCAUUUAUAAUGCUUUCCUUUGGACGCUUGCGUGUUCUCACUGUGAUUUUCACAGUGAGAAUCACGCAAGCGCCUCUAGCGGCUGUCAAUGAGACAGCCACUAGAGGAAUUGUAGGAAGGAUUAACCCAUUUGUAAACAUAUCAGUUUCUCUGAAACUGCGAUGUUUAUAAAAAAAAUGGGUUCAUUAAGCUGAAGUGGUCUGGGUGCCUAGAGUGGUCCUUUAAUUUAGUGAAUGAGCUCCAAAAUGGAACAGAGGUUUUGAUGAUUUUUUUUGUUUGUUUGUUUAAAAAGACACUAUCAGCUCCAAAACAACUUUACACAAAAAAUAAGUCCUGCGCUCAAACUUCCACUACUCCUGGGCGGCAGCAACAACCAUAGCACACAUCAGCCCCAAUACAUACAAAACAAGCAAAGAAAAAAAAAAGUUACCUGCGCACUAGCCCAAAUUUCUAUGCAUAUUUAAAUAAAUAAAGGUUAUUUAUUAACUCCCUUGCCAUUAGAUGUAGACCCACCUGCCACAUCAAGGCAGGUAACUAAUUUUUUUAUUUUUUUUUCCAAAACAACUUUACUUUGUGGAGUAUAGAUAAUGACUCUGCAUCCUCACUGUUCAAUUUUCUGCCAUUUAGCAUUUAAAUUAUUUUGUUUAUGCAUUAAGCUUGUUUUGAUGCUUGUAGUGUCCCUUUAAGUUAAUGUCACAAUCUAAAUAUGCCUGAUAUCAAUCUGUAUAGCAAUCAUGCAAUAUAUCUUUCAAUACCACAGCUCAGUAAUUAUGCAAUUAAGGAAACAUGUCCAUGCCGUAUAUUCUAAAUAUCUGUUAAACAUAUUGACUUGUCAACAUUUAGUCUUUCAUUCUACACUGAACACUGAACAAAAUUAUAAAUGCAACACUUUUGUUUUUGCCCCCAUUUUUCAUGAGCUGAGCUCAAAGAUCUAAGAGUGGCCUUUUAUUGUGGCCAGCCUAAGGCACACCUGUGAAAUAAUCAUGCUGUCUAAUCAGCAUCUUGAUAUGCCACACCUGUGAGGUGGAUGGAUUAUCUCGGCAAAGGAGAAGUGCUCACUAACACAGAUUUAGACAGAUUUGUGAACAAUAUUUGAGAGAAAUAGACCUUUUGUGUACAUAGAAAAAGUCUUAGAUCUUUGAGUUUGGCUAACUAAAAAUGGGGGCAAAAACAAAAGUGUUUUAUAAUUUUGUUAUUUGAAAUAGCUCUUUAUUUUGUUACAGAUGAAGAUGAUCGCUUAUUGUUGUACACAGUAGUUUAUUAGAACAAUUUGUUUUUGGUUUUAUUUUUGUAUUAUGAGUGCUAACUUGCAUAUAAAAGAAGUUUAGCUACAGUUUAGCUUAUUUUAUGAAGAAACAAUCUUUAUCUCAUAGCAGAGUUUUCAGUUAAAUAAUGGGAAUUGUUUAUCUUAAUUCACUGUAAAUAAGGCUUACAGAAUAAUAAUCAAAUACCAGAUUCCAGCCGUUGACUAAUUUCAACUCACAUGAACUGUUCCCAACCAAAACAAUCAAGACAUCUUAUAAAAGGUUUAUGGGAACUGUAACAGUAGAGAAUGUUCUGUAUCUUCUACCCAGUCUGACAGGAAGUGAUCACUGAGUGCAAAGAAUAGCUUCCUGUCAAACCGGGUAGAGGAUACAGAACAUCCUUACUGUCUGUGGUCUGCUCAACCACUUUACAAUAUAGAAGUAAGCAGCAGCGAAGGGGAAAAAUACCACAAAGGGGAGUGUGGUGGAACAGACAACAAAGUGGGAGUGGAAGAGACCACGAAGGGAGGGGGUUUAAUAGACACACAAAAGGGUCUGGAGGGAAACAAGAUACACAGAGGGGCUGGUGGGGAUAAUACAACACACAAAGGGCAUAUGGGAGAAAGAAAGACACACAGAAGAGCUGGGGGAGAAAGACAUACAGAGAUAAUGGGGGAGAAGAAAGACAUACAGAGGUACUGGGUGGAAAAAAAAACACAGAAGAAAGGGGGAGAAUGAGACACACAGAGAAUAGGGGGAGAAUGAGAUAUACAGAGGGGAUGGAGAGAAAGACACACAGAGGGGAUGGAGAGAAAUACACACAUAGGGGCUAGGGAAGGGGAGACAGAGACACACAAAGUGGCUGGGGGGAGAAAGAGACACAUGGAGUGGUUUGGGGGAGAAAGAGACACACAUAUGGGCUUGGGGAGAAACAAGAUACUCACAGGCUGGAGAAAAGGGGAGAAAGAGACACACAGAGGGGGUGGGGAGAGAGACACACAAAGGGGCUUGGGAGAGAAAGAAACACACACAGGAAGGCUGGGUGAGGCAGAGACAACUUGCUGGUGGGAAGAGACACAGAGAGGACAGAGGGGACAGGGAGAAAGACAUAAAAAGGGGCUUGGGUGAAGAGACACACAAAAAGGCUUGGGCCGAGAGACACAUAAAAGGGGCUGGGAGGAAAUACGAGAGACACAAGGGGGCUGCAGAACACACAAAGGAGAAACCCCUCUCAGAUUUCAAACAAGUUAUGGCUCAAAAGUGUCAUUAAAGAGACACUCUAGAUCUGUCACAUGUCAGAUCGAUGCCUUUCACUAGGGCAGAUCAGAUCAAAAUGUCAGCAGUUUCUAUUACAUUGUGUAAUAGUAUACAGAGCUGUCCAGCAAAUUAAAAUCUAUUAAUAUCAUCACAUCAUAUAGUGUUAGGAGUACAAACAUGUAUUCCUUAUGAUAUAGUUUUAAUACCCACUUAGGUGUCCAUCCACGUCAGUGAGAGUUUAAAAGUUGCGCUUUACUUACCUUUUAGCCCUCCACAUAUUGGUCUUCGUCUUGGUGCUCUGCCUUCAUUGCUAAGAUCACCAAUAUUGAUUAUCUCAGCCAAUCCAAUGUUUCUCCAUAGGCAAACAUUGGGACUAGGGCACAUGCAUGGCAAAAUACAGCUUUGUGUCAUUUAAAUGUUUCUCACUGAGCAGUAUUAGAUUGCGUUUGACUCAGUUCUCAAUGCAGAAGCGCCUCUAGUGGCUGUCUUCAAGUUAGUAGCAGCAAACAUCGGCUUGACUCCUGAUGUGGCAGCAUGUCAAGUUGCUAAAGGGAUUCUACUCCAAACAAAAUCAACAUUAAUGGCAACAACUUCAAAUUCUAGGGAUUUAUUUAAAGAAAUUAUAGAAUUCUAUGAAUUCUAUCAUGUUUGGAUCCAUAAUCUGCCCAUUAUACGGAACAUAAUAUAGAAAACACAGAACAUCUGUUAAAUUGCCCACUUGUCUCUGCAUUAUAUAAAGCAGACUCUUUUUUUUCAUAAUUUUAAGUGGGAACAAUGACCAAAAGUAUGUUAAUGUUUCUUGAGGUACAUAAAUAUGUCAAAUAUGUUUUCAGUUCUGCAGGACCAACAAUAGACAAAAGCUCAGUAUUGCGAUGGUAAGCGUAUCAUACUUACUUCACAGAUGUGGCAAACAAUGAUUGCCAGGGGUUUCUGUAUUGCUAGUACCUUUCUGGCCUUUUGGUACUGGACUGCGUCUGUGAAUAGGACCAGUUUAUUAUGCUCUGUAAUGGCACAAGUGAGUUUAUUUAGGUAUAUAUGACUCGUAGUGCAAGCUAUUACUUUAACGUUACAUUUUGCUGUUUGGCUCUCAUACUCCUCUUUUGAAAACUAAUAGGAGGAAUCCUCUACAUUAAUGAACUCUUGCAUAGCAUAUAUAUUUUGUAAUAAUUAUUGGAAAAGAUCCAGAAUUUUUUUUUUCACUUUCUGCUAAUGGACAUACACACUCAGCCUGCUGUCCUCUUUCACGGUAUAUGGAAAGUCAAAAUCAACAGCAUAAAAGGAUGUGUCUAAAGGUUGAACUUGGUGGUCUUUUUAAAUCCUAGAUUACUAUGUAUCUCUGUGGUUUAAUAUCAAUGUAUGUUUGCAGGAAGUUAUGUGAAUGCUGCCGUUGUCCUCGUGAGGAGCAUGCUCUAUUGACUGAUCUAGAGGAAGACUACCAGAUUGGGCAACUGCUCACAGACUCUCGAUACUCAGGGCUGACAGCGCGUGUGAAAGGCAGCGAUGGUGCACGGGUGUACAAGAGGAACCGCAUGAUUAUCACCAACCCAAUCACUUCCCGCAAAGACCCCACCUUCCUAACUGUUACAUAUGAGUGGGCACCCCCUGGACUCAACCAAAAACUGGUACAUACAAUGUUUAACACUGUUAAGAAUUAUAUACACCUCAUGGUACAUAUAAUAUAUAUGCAUAGGGUAAGAAUAUGUAUUAUCAUGUUGUUGUAUCCUACAUUAUUUUUAAGGACUGUGAUGAAAUGCGUGCCCUAUACCUAUGUGCAUGCUCAUAUUUUUCUAAAUAAUUUGAUAUUGGAGUCUCCUGAUGCAGUUGUCUGUUUUUUUUUUGUUUUUUUGCUUUUUUUGCUGGUCUGUCUAUCUUUACUAAUUAAAGCAAUUAUGACACAAACUAUAUUUUAUAAUGAUACAUUACAAUGUACAGAAAACUAUAUUUAGUGCUGACUAUGUUUUAUUUUAGUUUUUGAGUCCUUUAAACUUUGUAAUAUAUCAGAAAUGUUCAUCUCUAAACUUUGUGUUUAUCCUUUGAGCUUUUUCAAAUACGUGAAAUUUAGAAAAAGAAAUAUGGGUAUAGAAAAUAUUUUGAUCCUCUCAUAAUUCAUUAUCACACAUGACCUAUUUGAUCAUUCCAUCUGCUAAACAAUGUAUUCUCUCUCAGGCCAUGCAUUACAUGGAACUGAUACCCAAGAAAAUGCAGCCUGUGGCUGGUACAGAAGGGGCACAUUAUCGGCGUGUUCAGCUGAUGAGGCAGCUUCCUUCCCAUGACCUGGAUCCAGAACAAUGCCAUGGACUCUCACAGCAGGAGCGACCAGCCAUGGAGAAGUUUGUGAAGCAGUACAAAAAGAACGCAUUGGGCGUUGCUGAAGUGACUUUGCCUUGUAGUGCCAAGCAACAAGAAGAUGAAAAAGAUGGUGGAAAAACAAAAGCGACAAAUGGCACAGAGGAGGAAGCUGCGGGAAAAUUAACUUAUGUAAGUUUCAUGAUGUCUGAACAAUUAAACAAUUACUGUCAAUGUAUGUGUAUGGUACUUCAGGGAUCCUGGUAGAAGUCCCUUGUAAGAGCAUCAAAGGAGAUGUAGUCCACAACAUCUGGAGUGCAUAACGCUGCCUACCCCUGCUCUAAGGUCAUGUGAACUGCAAAAUGUCUGAUUUCUUACUGGUUCCAUUUAUGAAACAGGAUGGCUAUGAGAAAUGCAUGGGUACAACAAAUUUCACAAGGCUGCAUGUAAACUAUUCAGUCUAAAAUAACUUUACAUUAUAUCAAGCAUCUUAAACUCAUGCAAUGCACAUGAUGUGUUAAUACAGUUAAACAACAGACUUUUGUAGUUAAAUAUAUAAAUGUACAAAUACAGGUUCAAGUCACAUGGCUCCUACAUAUCCAAUGCAUAAAACAAAUGUAUUGAAAAAAAUCAAGUCUUCUCUACUGACAUUUUGUAACCAAGGAUGCAAUUUGGGCUACUGAUCUGUAAUGUCCAAUUUAAUAGCCUUUCCUGAAAACUUCUAUAAACAUAUAUGAGCAACGAAAGAAGUAAUUAGUAGAAUAUUUUAAUAUAUAUAUUUUAUUCUACUAUUUUGACAAAAUGAAAAUAAAUAUAUUUAUUUUUAUUCUGUCAAAUUAGUAGAAUAUAUCAAAAAAAUGAUCUAUUCUACUAUUUUGACAAAAUAAAAAUGAAUACAAUAAUUUUGUCAAAUUAGUAGAAUAAAAUAUUUUUUUUCCACGGUACCCAGUGUUCCAGUUUUGAUACUGCAGAAUCUUUGCUCUUCGUUUACCAUAAGUUGUUCGCUGCGGUGGAGCAUUUUCUAAUACUUACAUGCUGUUUCAUGUCCUGGAAGCUACAACUUGAGCACAGUUAGGGCUCUUUAUCCAGUAAGUGGUCUGUAUCACAGGAGUUAGGGAGAGACCAAUUUCAUUGAAAAGAUUCGUUAUACAUACUUUUCACAUACAUUGAUUACUUUAUUUGUUACACAUCUCUGUUCACAUCCUUAAUGUAUCUGAUAUAAGCGUAUGUGCAUGUAGAAUAUAUAUAUAUAUAUAUAUAUAUAUAUAUAUAAAAAUAAUAAUAAUCUAUUCUACUAUUUUGACAAAAUAAAAAUGAACACAUUAAUUUUGUAAUAUAGGAAUCAAGCACAUUCUGCUUGAUUCCUAUAUUAUUUGCUUACACUAUAAUUUCACUAGUGUGAUGAAAGCUACUUUUUAUAGACAUUUUGUAGAAGUGCAGUAUACAUUUUAUUUAUUCCUUUGGUAUUUUUUAAACAAAUUGCACUAUUAUUUUUUUAUUUUAUUUUUUUAUAUGUGUGUUAUUACAUCUUUAAGAUAUAGAUACAGAUUUUGAUAAGUAUUAUUCACAAGUGAUGUGGUUUUAUAUAUUUUUGAAGAUGGGAAGGAGAACAGUCAGUUUUGGAGUGCUCUGCUGCUCACAGUGCUGUCCACAUAUCCCUUAUCAGAUCACCUUUUUAUCCAUCACCUUUUGUGUUGUUGUAAAAGUUCUGUUUCAGUUGUUAAUUAAUUUUACCCACUAUCCAUCAGUGGAGAAGAGGGGAACAAGAUGGCUGUGCUGUGGUAUUGAGAUCUGGCACAAGGAAGAAAAGAUAAUAAAUAUAAAUAAAUGUCAGUGGCAAGAGAACUCUUCUUAUAAAGAUGCAGGGGGUAUUACGAAAUGAAAAUGAAGAGAAAAUAAAACAUGUUAGGGCCUCUGUAAAUACCAUCUGUGAUUUUGUUUUGUUUUAAUAAGAAAAAUCAAACUGGGGGCUGGGUUCAUAUUAUAGUACUGUUUAUUGAAUAGCAGUUUUCCCUUUAAAGGACCACUAUAGGCACCCAGACCACUUCAGCUUAAUGAAGUGGUCUGGGUGCCAGGUCCAGCUAGGAUUAACCCUUUUUUCUAUAAACAUAGCAGUUUCAGAGAAACUGCUAUGUUUAUAAUAGGGUUAAUCCAGCCUCUAGUGGCUGACUCAUUGAAGACGCCAGCGUCCGUAGGAAAGCAUUGAGAAUGCUUUCCUAUGGACUGGCUGAAUGCGCACGCGGCUCCUGCCGCGCAUGCGCAUUCAGCCGAAGAGGAGGAGAAGAGGCAGGAGAGGAGAAGGAGAGCUCCCCGCCCGGCGCUGGAGAAAGAGGUAAGUUUAACCCCUUUCUCCCCCUAGAGCCCAGCGGGAGGGGGACCCUGAGGGUGGGGGCACCCUCAGGGCACUAGAGUGCCAGGAAAACGAGUAUGUUUUCCUGGCACUAUAGUGGUCCUUUAACAUCUAUUGGAAUAUUUAUAUUCAAUUGCACUUAUAUGUGCAUUUCUAAUUAUAGUAUCUAGCCUCUAUUAAGGUCAAAUAUAUCAUAAAACUAUCUGUUUGAGAGUAGGUAAUAUGAAUGCUUUUAAGUUGAAUUAAAUAUCAUGAAUGAAAUGGUUCCUGAAACAGACUGUUUUAAUAGAAUGUGUUGCCAUAUCUUUCCUUUUAGUUGUGUGAGCUGUGCCAGCAGCUAAUGACCAAUGAUGCCCCUGCUGUGUAUGCAGAGCGGGCUGGCUAUAACAGACAGUGGCAUCCAUCCUGCUUCAUAUGCUGCCAGUGCAGACAGCCCCUUGUGAACCUGAUAUACUUCUGGAAAAACAACCACUUGUGGUGCGGCAGGCAUUACUGUGAGAGCGAGAGACCACGAUGCACAGGUUGUGAUGAGGUGAGUGUCCAUUCAGGUGAGAGACUCCUAGUUCUUCUACAGAAACAUCUUCUACAGAAACAUGCCCAAUCCAUAACCUCAUCUUUUAUACACCGGUUUUUAAAAUUAUAAUAUAUGAGUAUUCAAAAAUAGAUUUGUUUUCAAGAUAUGCAGCUUAAUAAUAUUGCAGCAGAGUGAUUUAUAUAUACGGGCCUUGAUAUUACUCUGUCUCUGAAGCUCCUUUUAUAACAUAAUGCUGGACUCCACAAGGACUGGAAGAUGCCCAAUCUCUUGCGUCCUACAGAGGUUGAUUCUGUAAGGUAUUAUCUAAAAUGAAUAAGUGGCCUCAAAAGGGUCUGGGAGAUGAUCAGUCUUCUGGACCCCAAUCUUGUUAGAAAUGUAUUCGUAAUGUAUAGCCUAAUAACGGCCCAGGGAAGUUUCCCCGUAUGCAGUGGUUAGUACCUACCAACCAUAAUGCAAGUAAGAACAACCAGUGAACCGGUUACUAGUUUCCAAGCAUAAUUUAAUGUUUUACACUGCUCACUGACACAGUGUUAGUGUCUGCCUAUAUGGUUCAAAUUCCAAAAUUUGCCUACCAACACGGCUACAUACACUGAUCAGCCACAAAAUUAAAACCAUCUGCCUAAUAUUGUGUAGGUCCCCCUGUUGCUGCCAAAAUAUAUCUGAUGUGUCAAGGGAUAGACUCUACAAAACCUCUGAAAAUGUUUUGUGGUAUCUGUCACGGAGACGUUAGCAGCAGAUCCUUUAAAUCCUGCAAGUUGCAGGGUGGGGCCUCCACUGUUCUAGCACAUACCACAGAUGCUCAAUCGGUUUGAGAUCUGGAGAUAUUGGAGGCCAAGAGAACACCUUGAAUUCUUUGUCAUGUUCCUCAAACCUUUCUUGGACAAUUUUUGCAGUGGCAGGGUGCAUUAUCCUACUGAAAAAGGCUACUGCCAUCAGUAUCACAAUCUCUAGGUAGGUGGUACAUAUCAAAGUAGUAUACAUAUAAAUGCCAGGACCCAAGGUUUCUGAAGCAGAGCAUUGCCCUGCCUCCACCACUGACUCCGCCAGUCUGCCUUAGUGCAUAGUGCAUCCUUGUGCCAUUUCUUCACCAGGUAAGCAAUGCACACACACUCGGCCAUCCACUUGAUCUAAAAGCUUUAUCACACCAGGCAAUUCCAUAGUGCAGUUCUAUUGCCUACGUCUCCACUGAAGACAGUUUUGGCGAUGGUCAGUGAACAUCAAGGGUAGUUUGACCAAUUUGUGGCUAUGGAAACCCCAAACUGUGAUGCACUGUGUGUUCAGAAACUUUUUGAAAAAAAUCAAGUCUUCUCUACUGACAUUUUGUAACCAAGGAUGCAAUUUGGGCUACUGAUCUGUAAUGUCCAAUUUAAUAGCCUUUCCUGAAAACUUCUAUAAACAUAUAUGAGCAACGAAAGAAGUAAUUAGUAGAAUAUUUUAAUAUAUAUAUUUUAUUCUACUAUUUUGACAAAAUGAAAAUAAAUAUAUUUAUUUUUAUUCUGUCAAAUUAGUAGAAUAUAUCAAAAAAAUGAUCUAUUCUACUAUUUUGACAAAAUAAAAAUGAAUACAAUAAUUUUGUCAAAUUAGUAGAAUAAAAUAUUUUUUUUCCACGGUACCCAGUGUUCCAGUUUUGAUACUGCAGAAUCUUUGCUCUUCGUUUACCAUAAGUUGUUCGCUGCGGUGGAGCAUUUUCUAAUACUUACAUGCUGUUUCAUGUCCUGGAAGCUACAACUUGAGCACAGUUAGGGCUCUUUAUCCAGUAAGUGGUCUGUAUCACAGGAGUUAGGGAGAGACCAAUUUCAUUGAAAAGAUUCGUUAUACAUACUUUUCACAUACAUUGAUUACUUUAUUUGUUACACAUCUCUGUUCACAUCCUUAAUGUAUCUGAUAUAAGCGUAUGUGCAUGUAGAAUAUAUAUAUAUAUAUAUAUAUAUAUAUAUAUAAAAAUAAUAAUAAUCUAUUCUACUAUUUUGACAAAAUAAAAAUGAACACAUUAAUUUUGUAAUAUAGGAAUCAAGCACAUUCUGCUUGAUUCCUAUAUUAUUUGCUUACACUAUAAUUUCACUAGUGUGAUGAAAGCUACUUUUUAUAGACAUUUUGUAGAAGUGCAGUAUACAUUUUAUUUAUUCCUUUGGUAUUUUUUAAACAAAUUGCACUAUUAUUUUUUUAUUUUAUUUUUUUAUAUGUGUGUUAUUACAUCUUUAAGAUAUAGAUACAGAUUUUGAUAAGUAUUAUUCACAAGUGAUGUGGUUUUAUAUAUUUUUGAAGAUGGGAAGGAGAACAGUCAGUUUUGGAGUGCUCUGCUGCUCACAGUGCUGUCCACAUAUCCUCAGCUCAAUCUUCACAAAUCUCUGCAGUUUAAAGAAACUGUGUGCAGGAAUACAAUGAUGCAAGACAUCUUGAUAGGUGCCCGUAGUGUUUUUUUAGGACACCUAUCUAGUACAUAUGGUCAAUAAAGAUGGACCUUGUGUUACUGAAGGAGCCAUCCAGACAAAACAAACAUGUUAAGCUAUACAUUAUAAGCUGUUUUGAGCAAUCUGGCAUUCGUGUUAAACUUUUUAAUAGUUUUUCUCAUUUGUUGUGUAAUCCCCCCUUUAUAACACUGUAAAGAGGUGCUAUACAAAUGCCAAUAACAAUAAUAAAAAGAAAAGGCUCUUUAAAUGGCUGUUCUUGCUAACACAAAGAAUGUUCUUUCUAGUCUAAUCAUUUUUCCAACAAAAUAAUAAAUAUAUAAAAGAUUAUUAGAUUUUCAGAUCAACGUCUGCUGUCCUGUGCCAUUGACCCCACUUAUCGAUGCCAUCUUCUACAUUAACACAUUCUCCUGAAAAACAUGGACCUGUGACCCCAAUUCUCUGUGUAUAAAAGGGAGGAUGGUGCCUAUUAAAAACAAAUGGUUUAAUAUUUUUGCACUGCUCACUGAAAAAAUACAGUGUUAUACUCAUUGAAUCGUUGCACAACAAAAAAGGAUGCUGCCUCAUUUGGAGAAACACAAAACAUAUUAAUUUUAAUAAAUUGUGUCUAUUUAAUUUGAAAGCAUCUGCUAUAUAUUGAAUGCUGAAAACUCUGCAUUUUGUUUGACUUAACCUUCUGCUGAAUAAUAACAGCUGCAGUUAUUCUAAUGCCUAGCACCUUCCUACGUGUAUGGUGGAUGCAAAGAUAAUGCAUUUCAUUGUGUAAUCCUCUUAAUGACAGAGAGGCUAAGCCAUGCACCCACGGUCCCUCAGCCUCUCGUGGUCCUGGUGUGAUUAAAUCAGUAUUGCAAUUUAUUGUUGUACAUGGUCCUGCUUAACCCUUUAGAAGAAACAGGUUAUUCCAUCUCUUAAAAUAGUAUCAGCAAUAUCAUUAAUAUAGUGGUCUGACCUUGGUAAAUGUAGAGGAUGAAGGUACAGCUAGAACCAAAGUUUGCAAAAACCCUAAGUCAUGGUGGAAAGGAAGAUCCACCAGUAUUUGAUUUAAUUCCCCAUUCUUCUCAGUAUCUAGAAUAGAGCCAAGAGAUAUCUAGCAGUUAGAGCAGGUAUCGCAAACUCAGAUUCCCCCAGAUUUUAUUGGCCUACGAUUCGGAGAAUUCUUUGACUAUAAAAGAUGACAAGAGAAUCAUGGGAAUAGUUAAGCAACAUGUAGGAGGCCAGAGUUUGAGAUGCCUCAGUUAGACCACUAUUUUGGAGAAUGACAAAAAAAAUGCACAUGAAAUAAAGAGGAAAAUAGUAUGGCUUUAUGGAUAACCCAGUAUAUGCAUAUACAGCCUUGCCAUUACUUAAUUCCACUUCUGAUUUUUACAAACAAACAAAAAGUAUCACGUACAUAGCCAAGAAAUAACAUCUGUAAAGGACACAUUGUAAAGUUAGCUAAUCCCCAAUAUGGCUAUUUCAGAAGGUCAACAAUGGUUGGAUGAGGCAUAUCAUACUGAUCAAGCACUAUAUAACUAUCAUCAAUAAAUGAUUCCAUGUAAUAGCAUUGCCAAGCCCAAUACAGUUGAUACAGCCCUUUCUAAUAAUUGAAAGAGUUUAAUAAAAAUAUGUUGCAUUCAUUUUAUUUUUUGCUUGCUCUGGCUUCACAGAUAAUAUUCUCUGAAGACUACAAAAAACUAGAGGGACACUUUUGGCACAAAGACCAUUUCUCUUGUAUGGUCUGCAAGGAAACAUUCGAUGGAAGGUCUUAUGUUCUGGACAAUGCUCAGCUGCUUUGUGACCGUUGCAGCAAGGCCAAAAACAACUGCCGCUAGAGCAAAACACUCUCAGUUCUCUGGGUACUGGACUGUUAAAUGCUGGUGUAGACAGGAUCUAGAUGCUAGCUUUCUCCCAAAUUACUAUAACCUAUAUAUUACAAAUCUUACUAGUUGAGUGCAGAAUAGAUCAUGCUGACUUAGUCAUCUCAAGUGCUACAUUAGAUAUCUAAUAACUCUCCAGUAGAGACUUAGAAAGAAGGCAUGUUGGCAACCAUUACUUUCAAGGCUGCAAAAAACAGUUGGCAAAAGAAAGAAAUAAGUUUGUAACAUAAUUAAUAAACAGUCUUGCAUAAACAAAUCCCGCUAAAAGAGAUUACAAUAGAUCCAAGCCACAGUAUAAAAAUGCUCAAUAAAAGCAUGUUUGUAUGCAUCCAGAUGUCUCUUCUGCUCACAGAUAGCCUUCAGAAGUAAAAUCUACAUUGGGUGGCCCUGGUUCUUUAAACCAGUUGUGAGCCAAGUGGCUCCAUGUCUGCUUUGCAAGUCUGCCCUAUUAAAUGCCACCUUACCUUUCCCCUUAGGGUUCUGUACGGCUUCCUUAUAUGUUGAGAUGGCUACAUUAAAAUAUAUAUGCCUUAAUUUAGACAAGUGUUACAGCCAGGUAAUAACCCAGAAGAGUGGAUUAUAAAAGUACUGGAAUACUAACUAAAUUUCUAUAUAUUAUUUAUUUUUGUAUGUUGUCAUGGAGUAAAAAAUGCAUUAACAAGCAUGUGCAAUGGACAUUAUAAAAUGCUGUCAUGGGAUGUAUAUAUAUAUGACUACUUUCACUGUCUAUUUUAUGUUCUCAUUCAUCCAUAAGUAUCCAUACAUGGAAUCUUUUGACUCUGAUAUUGUCAUAAGACCCCCAACUCAUUACAUAAUAGGCUUUGUCUGUGGCCCUAUCUUCUGAUACAAUUUUAAGAGAGCGGGGGAUCUGUGAAUUCAGAUUUCUAUUUUUGGUUCACUCUCAGUCACAAGAAGGUUCCAAGGUCAACAUGAUAUGAAUGCAACAUAAAUGUAUUCAACAAAGAACCAUCAUCGGAUCUCACAACAAAAAUACUGACUCAUCCAUCACUGAAAAAAAGUUGCAAUUUAAAAAUGUUUUUUUAAAAAAAGGUAAACUAAACAAUAAAUGUAUUCCUUUAUACAGUACAUUUCCAAAAUAAGAAAAAAUGGCCAUAUAUAUAUUUUUUAUAUAUCAGUUUACUAUUUUCUACAGGCAAAGAGAAGUCCUUUUAUUUAAUUAUUUUGAAUAAUGUCAAUGCAUUUUUAAAUAACAGUCCUGAUUUUUAUUUCAAUGUCCAUAUCUCUCAAUUAUCAAAUAUUAAUAGCGUUGGCUGCCCCUUUAAUAAAGGAAUUGAUCAACCAACAUUUUUCAGUGUAUAAUGCACCUUAGCAAAGAUAACCUUUGCACAAACAUUAUUGUAAGAUAUAUACAUGUUAAAGGACCACUAUAGGCACCCAGACCACUUCAGCUCUGGGUGCCAGGUCCCCCUAGUUUUAACCCUGCAGCUGUAAACAUAGCAGUUUCAGAGAAAGGUUAAUAAAGCCUCUAGUGGCUGUCUUCCUGACAGCCACUAGUGGCCGCUUCCGCAAGCCUUAAUGCGAAAAUCGAGGACACACUGGAUGUCCAUAGGAAAGUAUUGAGUAAUGCUUUAAUAUGGGCGGUUCGGAGCUGACGUCAGCAGGGGGAGAAGAGGUCAGUGUGGCUGAAGGGCGAUGAGGAGGACCUAAUACAUUCUAUAAAAAGCCAGAAGAUCCUAAGUAGGAUACAGGAGGGAAUAACCCUAUAAGUUUAUUUUCCUGGCACUAUAGUGCUCCUUUAAUCAUUUUUAAGUUUUCAUAUGUUCAAUAAAUCUACUAAAGACUCCGUUAUUCAUUGCAGUUUGAAUUUUCAAAAAUUCAAAGUAAAUUUUGAAGUGUAUCCCAGACUUUCAAAACUGCACAUAUCAUUGCCAUGGAGAAUUCUUACAAACUGGCUAUUUUGGGCUUACAUUUGAUUUUCAGUUUGAAUAACUCUGCUAGUCUUGUUCAGUAACUCAAUGGCACACACAUACACACAAAUUACAAAUGUUAGGAAAAAGUGACAAUUUGGAAAAAUCAUCCAGUUUUAUAGCUUGGCUAUAAAUUCUCCUUAAUUCUCAAUUUAGUGAAUACGCCUGGCCUUUCUUUUUCUGUCUUUAGUUUUCUUUCAGUUUUUUUUUCUUUCUUGUUUCAAAUUAUGUAUUUAUGAGAUGCAAUUUAUUGACAAGGCAUUUGCUGAAAUGAUGCAUAAAUACUAAUAAAAUCAUGAAACCUGGUG